AUGUCAUCCGAUCUACUCACCCAAGCCAAGGCCUGGCUCGGGAAGGACCCUGAUCCGGCUACGAGAAGCCAGCUGUCCAAAUUCAUAGACAGCAAUGACCUCAAAGAGCUACAAACCAGCUUCAAUGGUCGGCUCGAAUUCGGCACUGCUGGUCUGCGAGGUGUCAUGGGUGUCGGCCCAAGCAAGAUGAAUCUGCUCACAGUCCUCGAAACCACCGCGGGUCUGGCGGAGUAUCUUUUGCAGAGUGACAAGGGAACAGCAACCUCCAAGGGUGUUGCUAUCGCGUUCGACGGACGAUUCGGCAGCAAGGAUUUCGCCUACGCUUCUGCGCAGCACUUUGCUUACCGUGGCAUUCCCUCGCAGAUCUACCCAACGCCGACGCCGACGCCUAUGUGCGGCUACGCAGUGAAGAAACUGGGACUGGCCGGGGGCAUCGUUGUGACAGCUAGUCACAAUCCGAAAGAGUACAACGGGUACAAGGUCUACGGGCCUGCUGGCACGCAGAUCAACACUCCUGUGGACGGACUGAUCGCCAACGAGAUCCUCAAGAUCGCCGAGCAGUCGCAGCCGCCAGCAUUGAGCGACCUGGAGGAGUGCACAAGCAAAGGCACCAUCAAGGAAUUCGGAGACGAGAUGCUGACGAGCUACAUAAAGGAUGUUCAGGCCCUCAACACUUUCAGCAGCGAACCAGUUCAUGGCAAAGACGCCCCUAUCAGCAUCGCAUACAGUCCCCUGCACGGCGUCGGCGCACCUUCUAUCGAGAGGCUAUCGAAAGAGGUCGUUGGUCUUGAAGAAGGGAUCAACUUCUGGAUCUCGCCAGAACAACGAGAGCCGGAUGGUGCUUUCCCGACCCUCGAGUUUCCGAACCCGGAAGAGCUUUCUACGCUUGAGCUCGUGCACAAGCUCUCGGAGCAGCACAAGACUGGACUGGCUAUUGUCAACGACCCGGACGCAGACCGACUCGCAGUUUCGGCCCGUGACUCGACGGGUAAGCUGCGCGCUUUGACCGGUGAUCAACUUGGUGCGCUGCUCGGCGACGAGAUUUUGCGACGUGCUGCCAAAGCCAAUGGUGGCAAAGCUGGCGUAUGGACGCUGAGCACCAUCGUCUCGAGCCGUCUGCUUGCUCGUCUUUCGGGGCACUGGGGUGGGAAACACGUCGAGACGCUGACGGGCUUCAAGUGGCUUGGAAAUGUUGCUCGAGGAAUUGAAGCUCGGGAGGGUGCAGGAUCGUUCGGGUUCGGCUACGAGGAAGCAUUGGGCUACAUGGCUGCCAGCUCUGUGUGGGACAAGGAUGGACUCUCGUCCUACCUGCUCAUUGUGUCGAUGGCAUUUGACCUAGCGAGGGAAGGCAAGACGCUUUGGGACCGUCUGGAAGAGCUGCAUCGUCUUGUCGGGCUCUCGGUCACGAUGCAAAAGAUCAUCAAGCUGAGUUCAACUAUGAAGGGCACGGACGUCAUGACAAAGCUCCGCGGCGAUCUCGACGCCGGCAAGAACAGCGUGGCAGACAAGACCGGAGACAGGUCAUACAACUUCAGCCUGGUCGACGACCUGAAGAAUCGACCAGCUUACAACCAAGCCAAGGCCGAAGCUGGCGAUCUGAGCAUCCCCAAGAACGACGUGUUGCGGUUCUACGUGCCACCCAGCCACGUUGAUGCGUCGACAGGCAAGCGUGACGAGCAGGAGAUUAUGCUCGGUGACGUUCGUGUCAUUGUCAGGCCGUCGGGCACCGAGCCGAAGGUCAAGAUCUACACGGAAGCAUUGGGUCAGAUCAAGGACGGAGAGGCUUACUCGGAUGCGGUGCAGCGUGUCAACACGGAGCUCGAGCAGGUGGUUGAUGCCUUUUGGGCUUGGAUGAGUUGA